AUGGCACGCACAACGAAAAAUGUGAGCCCCGAGGCAGAGGUCAAGUCGUGGGGUUUCAAGCAGGUCUUCACCUGGACAGACACCCCGGGCACCCACUACCCCCCGCACAGCCACCGGGCUUUGACGACGCACCUCAUCACGAAAGGCAGCCUCACCAUAACCUAUCCCGAGGAUGAGAGCCCGGUCAAGGAAACCCACGGCGUGGGCGAGCGUGUAGACGUGGCGGCAGGCCGACAGCAUGAGGUCUGGGUCGGCACGCAGGGUUGCACCAUGGUCAUCGGGGAAUAG